ACUUUAGAAGUAGUUAUCAGGACAAUAUAAACAGUUUACACCAGCGAUCCAUUGCAAAUCAGAACAGAGGUCACUUUAAAUCUUUGUGCUACUGACAUCAUGCAUCCCUCCUUCCUUACACGCCCAAAUCAGCUGCUAUUCAGAAUUUCAAAAGAAACGAAACUUACUUCCAUCAGUGAAAUGCUGGGGUGCAGAUAAAAGACAAGAUACAGCGCCUUCCUAUGAACUGCAAUGGUUUCUGCACAGUAAUUGUGGCAGGGUGAUCCCCUUGUGCUUUUAAAGCUACAGGGGAAUAUGGAACAUCCAAACCUGUUGGAUAAGCCAUUGCAUGUGCCACAUAAUGUUGACACCUGGACUAAAAAUCAAGUUAGACAAUGGGUCACACAGGACCUCAGUAUUGGCAUGGAUGAAGGUGACAUUUUAUACAAACAAAAUGUAACAGGGCAGGUCCUCAAUAUAUUAUCUAAAAAAGAUUUUAUAGAGAUGGGAAUAACUUUUGGAACUGCUUCCUUAAUAAUGCAUCGCCUAAAAACUAUGUCUACAACAAGCACAGGCAAUAAAAGUGGCAGUGCUGACAGUUCUAAGAAAGGUGAAGAAAAGAAAAAAAAACAAAAGAACGAAGAUAAAAAUGUUACAGGUUUGACGAUCCCAGAAAAGAAAGAAAACAUAGAAAAGGAAGAAGAGAACAUAUCAACAAAUGCCGAGAAUGAAUCCAGCUCUGCAAGAGUGACCUGUACUCCAUACCCCUUUGACUGUACCCACGAAAGUAAAAUUUAUGUUCAAUAUCAUUUCCUUCAGCCUGAAUCUGGAACGUCCAACUAUAUCGACCCUGUUCAUGAGUACAAAGAAUUCACAAACACUGAAAAUGCUACACAAAUGAUAAAAAUGAAAUUUUGCAAUGAAGUCUUUAGGUUUGCAGCUGCCUGCAUGAAUGUGCGCACUAAUGGUACUAUACAUUUUGGGGUGCGUGACAAGCCACAUGGGCAAAUUAUUGGUAUUAAGAUUGACAACAGAGAAGCAUAUGUUUCAUAUAUUUAUCAGAUGAUGAACAAAUAUUUUGAGGAAAAGCAAGUAGAAGUUGCAAAGCAAUGCAUUCGGCCUCCAAGAUUCAUAGAUGUGCUUUAUCAGCAGAACACCCAGUCAGAUUUAGUUGUUAUAGAAGUAGAUGUUGUUCCUGAGCAUGCUUAUUGCAAUACAGAAGUAUUCUCCACAUAUCAACAAGUUUUCAGUGACAAUAAAUGGUUGAAAAGUAAAGAUAAAUCUUGCUUCAUUCGAGAUGGGGAAAGCUCUAAAGACAUCCUUGCAAAUGUGCGCAACAGCGAUGCUGAUUUAAAAGUAUUUUACUCUAAACUGAAAGAAAGGGAUGAUGUUAGAAAAAGAGCAGAAGAAAAAUAUAAAAUCAAGCAAAGGAAAAAUAUUGAUGAGGGUCCAAAACUUGUGAGUUUAAUUACAGGCAACAGAGGCAUGAUGGAUAAUUCCUAUUACAAAUGGUACAUAUUAGUGGCUAACAAGUGCCACCAAAGUCAAUCAAGUCACCUGGAUUUUAUGUCUGAAAUUCCAUGGUUUGCAGUUUUAGAUCAUGACCCAGAGUCUGUUACAAAUGGGUUGUGCAAAUCAUAUAGAGAAAAACGAGUACCAAUGCACUUUCCAAGUCAGUAUCAAGAUAUGGAUAAUGUCACUUGUGAGAAACUUGAAGAUCUUAAACUAUAUCAACAGGUCAGCUGGAUCUUUUGUAAUGGGAGGUCAGAUCUAGAGAGUAAAGAUUAUGAAGCACUGAAUUAUAGGCAGUGGCAUAAAGAAAAGGCAGCGGAAGUAAGAAAGUUGAUUUCUUUUCUUUCACGGAAAGACAUAAUGGAACAUGGGAAAUUUCUUGUUGUUUUCUUGCUACUUUCCACAGUUGAUGACCCUGCUGAUCCUAUUUGUGAAGUGUUCAGCACAUUUUAUCAGGAACUGGGUGGGGUGGAGGAUAUCUUAUGUAUCUGUGAAGAUGAGCAUAUCUUUCAAAAAUGGAGAGAUCUGCAAUCUAGAUUUGUUAGUGCAGAGGAAAUGGAAAAAAGAUGCAUAUAUAACUUGGGCAUUGAAAAAGUAAAUGGAACAAUCCUCAAACUUAAAUCUGUGAAACAGUCUAGUUGCCGCUUCUUGCCAUCAACUGGUUCUUCCUCAGUUGUACUACAAAGGAAAGAUGAAGAUCUCAUGCCAACGUUAAAUAUUCUUUGCUUAAAUCAAUGUCAGGAUACAGAAAUAGAGAAGGAUGAAUCGAAGUUUAAUUCAUUCAGGAGAGACCAAGAAGAGCACUUUUAUCGAGGAGGAAAAGUUUCAUGGUGGAAUUACUAUUUCUCUAUGAAACACUAUACUGGACCAUUUAUCAAGAGGGACAUUCAUGACAAACUAAUGCGUUUGAUUGAUACGUGGUCUCAGUAUGACAAGCAAAUAAGUGUAAAAGUAAUUACCCUCUAUCAUCAUCCUGGCUGUGGAGGAUCCACAUCUGCAAUGCAUGUCCUAUGGGAAUUAAGAGAAAAGUUCAGGUGUGCAAUUCUACAUCGGAAGGCUGAUAGUUUUGUAGACCUAGCGAGAGAGAUAACCAGCCUUGCUACUUAUGGGUUGUCCAACAGCUCAGAUUACUUUCCUGUGCUGCUUCUUGUAGAUGACUACGAAGAGGAAGAAAAUGUAUACAGUUUGCAAAACUAUAUCAGAUCACAAAUUGCUGAAAAGUACAUCAGAUAUGAAAAGCCAGUAGUGAUCAUAUUAAACUGCAUGAGAUCUCAGAACCCAGAGCAAAGCUCAAAAACCUACCCUUCUGACAGUGUUGCACUCAAACACAAACUUUCACCUCAAGAGCAGAGAGCCUUUGAAGCAAAACUAAAGGAGAUUGAGCAGGAACAUAACAAGCCAGAGGAUUUCUAUUCUUUUAUGAUAAUGAAAAGCAAUUUUGAUAAGGUAUAUAUUGAAAAGGUUGUGAGAAACAUACUUAAAGGUUUGAAUACAGCUGGCAAGGAAGCCCAGCUUAUCUCCUUUCUCGCCCUUCUUAACAAAUAUGUAAAGGACUCCACAAUAUCAGCUUCAAUGUGUGAGGAAUUUUUAGGCAUAUCCACAAAGAAGACAUUCUGGGGGAAUGAGAGUAUUGAAGAUAAAAUGGGCACUUAUUUUACUAUAAUAAUACAGACAGAAGUGGAAGAAUAUGGUGGGUGCCAAGGCCUGCGCAUAAUACACCCAUUGAUUGCAAGUCGUUGUGUAAAGGAGUUAAAAAACACUUAUGCUAUAAAUGAAAGUAAUACUAUUAUGCAGCUAUUAAAUACCAAUAUAUUCUAUGAUUUGGGAAUAGGCAGAGAUACUUUUUCACAAAACAUGCAAAGCAUGCUGAUCACUAGACACAAGAAAGAGCAUGGAGAUGAAAUGGACACCCUCUUCUCCCCGUUAAUUGAAGAGUUACAGAAGGAAGAAGGCAAUGCUAGUGUUGAAAAAGUAUUAAGAGAGGGAUCCUUCAGAUUUUCCCAAAAUCCAUAUAUUUGUCAGGCACUAGCAAGACACUUCUACAUUCGAGAAAAAAAAUUCAGCUCUGCAUUGGAAUGGGCAAACAAAGCAAAGACUCUUGCACCCAGUAAUUCGUUUGUUUUGGACACUUUGGGCCAAAUAUACAAAACACAGCUAAAGGCCCUAAUGGACAAUCACAGCAAAAAUAAUCCAUUAACAGCACAGGCUUUGGAAACUCUUCUUGAAACAGCAAGAAGAGCAUCUGAAGCCUUUAGAGAAUGCCAAGAACAGACAGAAAAAACUGAAGCUGAGCGUGAGGAAAUGGAAUUAGUGAAGUCAAAACGAUACUUUGUGUAUAACACUGCUGGAUAUCUUGGGCAGAUUGAAGUUUGCCUUUAUACAGUAGACAUACUUUUUAAACUGCCAUGGUUUAAUUCAAAAGAUGUGUUGACUAAAAAACACCUGCUGCAGUAUUUGUCAGGUAAAUGGGAUGUAUCAGUAGGUUGCACAAGCAGAACUGAUCAUGAAUUGUUUGAUGUUCUCAGAGAAUAUCAGUACUUCCUAACUAAAGUUAAAUUACAUUUAAAGAAGGCUUUUGAUUUUUUCCAGGACUAUUUUGUCUAUUUAAAGCAGAGGAAUAUUCUAAGGGAAAGUACUGAAUUCAAAACACGCGAGAAAGUAUCCGACCUCUUCAAAAAAUAUCGGAAAAUUUUCUGUGACCUGGAUCUUACACAGAUAACGGGUGGAGAAACCAGACUAAAAGGAAGCAUUGCUUUGUAUAUUGAAGAUUUCAGGGCUGGACUGGAGAAUUACAGAGCUGAUAGAUUUUCCGGGAUAUUAGAAUUUCUCAAUGACAAAGACAGCAAAAGGAUGGAAUCUAUCAUACAGGCAUAUCAGUAUUUACUCCAGCACCCAACAGACACCUUUAUUUUAAGGGACAAGCAAAAUUACAUUUUGGCCAAUAUUGUUCUGUAUUGCAUUUGUCCAAACUCUCCCAAAUUUGAACAAACUGAAAUUUUAAAAACACACCUGAGAGAGGUUUUGCAGAUGGUUGGAGACGAUCACAAGUACUCAGAGCCUUACUUCCUAGCAUCAAUACUCUUCUGGCCGCACAACUUGCAUCAACUUGACAGAGACUCGGCACAUCUUGCCAAAUAUGUUGCGUCCAUGAGAAAAUCUUUCAGAGGGCAAUACCGACACAUGUGCCAUGCCAAGCUUCCCAUAGCUCAUUUCUAUCUUGGGCGGAAUAGUGGCCACACUGAAUUAAAUUCUCUUUGGCUGUGUGGCGAUAUAUGGAAAGAAAAAGAAAUAGCAGAUCUCUUGCUUCGUGUGAAGGGAAGAGCAGAAAAAAAUCUGAUCUAUGUGGAAUGUGGCCAAGACCCCAAAAUUACAAUUCCAGUAAGGCCCGCUUACCUUGGUCAAUUAAGAAGUGGAAAAAGCAUUGAACGAGUGUCUUUUUAUCUAGGAUUUUCCAUUGAUGGUCUGAUUGCCUAUAACAUUGAAACAAUCUGAAAUAAUGUGUAUCCUUGGUUAAAGGAGAAAUAAUCUCAAAUUUAGUAGUACCCCUUUGUUUUGUGCAUUUUGUGUGGGCCAUUCUUGGCAGAGCUAUAUAAAAGCUACAUGCUGCAGAAGAGAUGUGCCAUGCUUUAUGUAUAGAAUUUUCUUAAAGGAAUACUGUCAUGGGAAAACAUUUAUUUCUUCAAAAUGCA